GGGGAACAAAUUCUGGAGUAAGAAAAACAGAUGAAGUAGAUAAUCGUUAUAAGUACAAGGAUUAUAAAGAAGAGAAGUUCUUGUUAAAAAGUAGUAAAGUUAAUCCAUGCAGCUCUACAUUUAUAAAAGAAAAUGUAUUUAGUGAAGAAUGGAAAAUAGGAGAAAAUGAAAAUUGUAAUGAUAGCAACAUUAUCAAUUGCAACAAAUUAAAGUGGAUGUCAUUUGAUAAAAAAAUACACUUUAAUACAAUUGUUAGUCUCUUUUCAUUAUCUCGAAUAUUUCCUUUUAUAAUAAUCAAGUUGGAUUGAAUGAAAUCCUAUGGGGGAAAGGAAAGAUGCGUAGAUUCUUUCCUUAAGGCAUAACUUAUCAAGGAAAUUUCUUGACAGCCU